AUGAGGCCCCCUUCCAGGUCCGGCUUCUACGUGAGCCGCGGGGUGGCCCUGCUGCUGGCUGGGCUGUGCGCCGCUCUGCUGCUCGCGCUGGCCGCGCUGGCCUCGCUGUACGGCCGCUGCGCGCGCGUCCAGCCCUCCGUGCGGUCGGACUCUGGGGCCGGGGCCGCCGCGUCGUCCCCUCCCUCCCGCGAGCAGGACGCGGCCCCGGCCACCCCGAGCCCCAGCCGUGCGCGGGAACCCGCGGUGACAACCGCCGCUCAGGACUGGCGCCUGCCGGGGCCCUGGGACGAGCUGCGUCUGCCGCCCUGGCUCGUGCCGCUGCACUACGACUUGGAGCUGUGGCCCCGGCUGCGGCCCGACGACCUGUCACCGCCGAGCGGGAGCUUCACGGGCCGGGUGAACAUCACCGUGCGCUGCGCCGUGGCCACGGCGCAACUGCUGCUGCACAGCCUGCUGCUGGAUGUGGAGAGCGCCGAAGUGCGAGGCCCCCUGGCCCCGGCGGCGACCGGGAACGACACGGUGGCCCGGGUGCCGGUGGACGCGGUGUGGUUCGCGCUGGACACGGAAUACGUGGUGCUGAAACUCGGCCAGGCCCUGCAGCCCGGGCACCGCUAUGAGCUGCAGCUCAGCUUCUCGGGCCGGGCGGUUCACGAAGUCACCGAGGGACUCUUCCUGAACGUCUACACGGACCAGGGCGAGAGCAGGGCUCUGAUAGCAACUCAAAUGGAACCGACAUUUGCCAGGAAUGUGUUCCCUUGUUUUGAUGAGCCAGCUCUGAAGGCAACUUUUAAUAUUACAGUUAUUCAUCAUCCAGGUUAUGUGGCUCUUUCCAAUAUGCCACAGCUGGGUCAGUCUGAAAAAGUCGACGUGAAUGGAAGCAAAUGGACCAUUACGACUUUCUGUACCACACCACAAAUGCCCACUUACCUCGUUGCACUUGUCAUAUGUGACUUUGAUCAUGUCAACAGAACAGAGAGGGGCAAUGAGAUACGCAUCUGGGCCCGGAAAGAUGCCAUUGCAAAUGGGAAUGCAGACUUUGCUCUGAACAUCACAGGCCCCAUCUUUUCAUUCCUGGAGGAUUUAUUUAAUAUCAGUUAUCCACUUCCAAAAACAGAUAUAAUUGCCUUGCCUAUUUUUGACAACCGUGCCAUGGAAAACUGGGGACUACUGAUAUUUGACGAAUCAUUCUUGCUGCUGCAACCAAAUGACGAACUGACGGAGAAAAAGGCCUUGAUCUCCUACACUCUUUCCCAUGAGGUCGGACACCAGUGGUUUGGAAACUUGGUGACCAUGAAUUGGUGGAACAAUCUCUGGCUCAAUGAGGGGUUUGCGUCUUAUUUUGAACUUGGAAUAAUUAACUACUUCAAUCCUAAACUCCCAAGAAAUGAGAUCUUUUUCUCUAACUUUUUACAUGGUGUCUUCGAAGAAGAUCAUGCCCUGAUGUCUAGAGCUGUGUCUGUGAGGGUGAAAAAUUUCACAGAAACAAGUGAAAUAAAUAAACUCUUUGACUUAAUUACUUACAACAAGGGAGCGUCUUUGGCACGGAUGCUUUCCAGCUUCCUGAAUGAGCGUUUGUUUAUCAGCGCACUCAAGUCGUAUUUGGAGACAUUCUCUUACUCAAAUGCUGAACAGGAUGAUCUGUGGAGGCACUUUCAAAUGGCCAUCGAUGAGCAGAGUGUAAUUCAUUUGCCAGCAACAGUGAAAAGCAUAAUGGACAGCUGGACAUACCAGGGAGGUUUCCCGGUCAUCACUUUAAAUGUGUCUACUGGUGUCAUGAAACAGGAGCCCUUUUACCUUGAAAAGGCUGAAAAUCGGACUCUGCUAAGUCACAAUGGCACGUGGAUUGUCCCUAUUCUUUGGAUGAAAAAUGGAACCACUCAACCUUUAGUCUGGCUAGAUAAAAGCAGCAAGGCAUUCCCUGAAAUGCAGCUUUCAGAUUCUGACAGUGACUGGGUGAUUUUAAAUUUGAAUGUGACUGGAUAUUACAGAGUUAAUUAUGAUCAAUUAGGUUGGAAGAAAUUAAGUCAACAGCUUGAAAAGGACCCCAAGGCUAUUCCUGUUAUCCACAGACUGCAGCUGAUGAACGACGCCUUUUCCUUGUCUAAAAACAAUUAUAUUGAGAUUGAGACAGCACUUGAUUUAACCAAGUACCUUGCUGAAGAAGAUGAAAUCAUAGUAUGGCAUGAAGUCUUGGUAAACUUGAUAACCAGGGAUCUUGUCUCUGAUGUGAGCAGCUAUGCUAUAUACCCUUUAUUAAAGAAGUAUCUACUAAAGAGAAUUAACUCAAUAUGGAAUAUUUAUUCAACUAUAAUUCGUGAAAAUGUGGCAGCAUUGCAAGAUAAUUAUUUAGCUCUAAUAUCACUGGAAAAACUGUUUGAAACGGCAUGUUGGUUGGGUCUUGAAGACUGUCUCCAGCUGUCAAGAGACCUCUUCAGAAAAUGGAUGAGCCACCCAGAGAAUGAAAUACCAUAUCCAAUUAAGAACGUGAUUUUAUGCUACGGCAUUGCCUUGGGAAAUGAUAAAGAAUGGGACUUUUUAUUAAAUGUUUACAACAAUACAACGAAUGAAGAGGAGAAGACUCCUCUUGUUUAUGCGAUGAGCUGCAGCAAAGAGCCCUGGAUACUUAACAGAUUCAUGGAGUACGCCAUCACUGUAUCUCCGUCCACUUUUAAUGAAACGAAAGUCGUGGAAGCUGUGGCAGAGUCUGAAGUUGGGCGAUAUGUCGCAAAGGAGUUUUUAAGCAACAACUGGCUAGUGGUGAGCGAAAGGUAUGGAAUACGAUCACUGGCUACUAUAAUAUGUACCAUCGGAAGGACCAUCAGUACAGAUCUGCAGAUCAUGGAGAUGCAGCAGUUUUUCAGUAACAUGUUGGAGGAGCACCAGAGGAUCACAGUCCAGGCCAAAUUACAGUCAAUGAAGAUGGAAAAUCUGAAAAACAAGAAGAGACAUGCCAGGAUGAUGGAAUGGCUCCAGAAAAACACAUAAUUUGUGGCUACUUCCAGCAUGCUUUUUGCAUUUUAUAAUCUUGUUUGCUCACAGUUUUGUGACUCUGGAAAACGGAACAUUUGAUUUAUAUUACAGUCACAUUUACUCCUCAGAGGCUUGCUCUUACAUUGUCAUAUUUGGCCUCAUGUUUCAGUGACUGCAGAGGAUUUUGUCAACACUUCUGUCUAUCAGGAGUUCUGCUUCACAGUGGACAGUGAAUCCGCAGAAUUUUCUCAAGUGCCUUGUGAAAACAAAUUCACUUAAAGUCUUGCUUAGUCUGUGAUGAAGACCAGAGGAACAUGAAAUGAUUAGCAUUAAUGAAGAGCACAUUUAUUUCUGAUGCAAUUAUAGACCUGAAUCCUCCAGGGCUUAUUUAGUUCAAAGUUGAAAUAAUAAUGAGAACAUAACAUGGCAGUAUAAAGAAAUAGAAUCCAGGGGGGAAAAUGGUAGUCACUAGGACACAGAGAACCCAAGUAAAGCAAGUUAGAAAGAAGAACAAUCAAUUUAAUGGGCCAUAUUAAGUGUCCUAAAGAAAUGUGUCUUGUUCUCUUUUCUCUCUCCCAUAGUGCCUACUGUGUUGAUGAAUACUUUGCUGUGUACAAAUGAGUGUAAAAGCAUAUUGUGCUCUCGGGAUCACUUUGUUGUGGCCCUAAGGUGAAGGCUCUGGCAAAGACUGCAUGCAUUCACCUAUAGGAUGGACACCUUUGCCAGAGACCAACAGUGAUGUUAAAAGACAGUAACCAUUGUGGAUUAAUCUUUAGGUCUAAGGGGAAAAAAAAUCUUCAAAUAAGGGGAAAUAGAACUGAAUGUUGAAGUCAAGCAUAAUACUUACAGUUUUGCAUUCAGGAGAUUAAAUUUUACUUGGCCAAAUUGAACCUCUUGUAAUGUGAACCAAAUGACUUGAAAUGUUUCAUGGGGCUGGGGAGCUGGCUCAGGGAGUAAAAGAACGUGCUGUACUGCAAAGCAGGCCCCUGAGAGAAGGCUGUUCACUAAGAAGACCUCCACGUAAACCAGAAGAGAGACCAUCCCAAGAGAUGCAUGAAUCAUAAUGUCAAAACACAAGAAAUAUGAAAAGGCAACUUGUCCAAAAGUUUGUAACUUUUUAACAACCACAUCCAAAGAUGCUGAAAUGAUUAAAAUGUUGGACAAAGAUUCAAAAGUCUAAGUUUUAAUUAGUAUUAAUGACCUUC